CUGACGUCACUUAUCACAACAGGAAGCGGCGUCAUCAGAGAGGAGAUACCCAGAUCGCUUCUGUGGUUCUGCUGCAGCAGCUCAAAAUGUCCUUCUGUCGGUUCCUUGGUGGUGAGAUCUACAAGGAUCAUUUUAAACCAGGAAUUUAUGUGUGCUCCAAGUGCAACCAUCCCUUGUUCUCCAGUCAGUCCAAGUUCCCCCACUCAACUCCAUGGCCGGCGUUCACCGGCACCAUCAGAGAAGACAGCGUCACCAAGAUGAUGGAGACCCUCACUGCCUACAAGGUUCUGUGCGGGAAGUGUGGCAAUGGACUGGGCCAUGAGUUUGUGAACGAUGGUCCAGAAGAGGGAACAUCCCGUUUUUGAAUCUUCAGCCACUCGCUCCGGUUUAUCCCGAACAAAGGUCCUACAGACACAUCUGGUUCUGUUCUGAGGAUCACCUGCAGUUCCUUGAUUGGGUCAUAUUCAGCGCUCUAUAUUUGGGAUCCGCUAAGCGUUUGUUAACUCUCUGGCGCCCCCUAGUGGCAGGAUGGGUCUUUCUUUUAAGUUCAGGCAUUCUGCGGGUCAGUUAAAGGAAACCUUCGAGGAACUGUUGGGUUGUUUGAUCCAUCCUACAUUCGCUUCUGAUGUUUGGGGUCAUUAUCCUGUUUAAGUCUCUGUUUUAAUUAUAAGACUGAAUGUUUGCUAAAAUGUAAUAACUUGUUACUCUAUCAACAAACCAGCACCAGAGCAUGAUGGUGCCAGCACCGUGCUUUAAAGCUAACUGUCAGUCAUUGCUAGCCACUAACCCACUAUAGGCUGUUAAACCUAUAAAAGUGUUUUCUUUCUUACUUCACUGAACUCUUCUUAGUGUAAAAAAACCACGUCUUUAACAGAUUGUGAACUCUCUUGAGUCCAGUAGGUUCUGGUAAAGAAAAUAUUUUAAAUGAGAGAUGCUUUAUGUCUGUCUUG